AGACAGCUGAGCAAUCAACACACGUUGGUUUGCCAAGAAAUACACAGACAAGAGCUCAGAGCCUUCAAGGACACAAUGAGUGGUGGGUUAUUGGUGAGGACAGGAAAGCCACACUGUCUCGUUUGGUUUGUUCCAUUCCACUGACCCAAUGAGAAGCCUUUGUUGCUUGUGGUUCAGAUUACAAGACAGAUCAAGCCUCUCUGUGCACCAGUUUAUUCAUCGUGCAGAGUCAGACUCAAGGACAUAACAGGACACAUCUCAAUCUCUGACUGAACUGAGUGACUUACUGAGUCUGUACCAUGGAGGAGUGCAACACUGCUCUGUGUCUCUCUGUCUACAUCAUUACCUUUGUGCUCGGAUUUCCAGCAAACGUGCUUGCCUUCUACACUUUCAGCAGGAAGGUGAGGCAGAAACCCACACCGAUUGACAUCCUGCUCCUCAACCUAACCAUCUCCGACCUCCUUUUUCUCCUCUUCCUGCCCUUCAAGAUGCAGGAAGUGAUGAACAACAUGCUAUGGGACUUGCCCUACAUUCUCUGCCCACUGUCUGGCUUUGUCUUCUACAUGACCAUCUACAACAGCACUUUCUUCCUCACUGCUGUCAGUGUAGAGCGCUAUUUGGGUGUGGCAUUCCCCAUUCAGCACAGCCUGAAGCGCCGACCUGUGUAUGCUGUGGUUGCCAGCAUCUUUUUCUGGAUUUUCAGCUUCCUUCACCUGAGCAUUGUGUUUAUUGUGCCCUUAAUUGGCUCAGAAGACACCUCAAAUUCAACCAACGUCACCAGUGAAACUAGUAGAGAGGUGUGUUAUAAAGAUUUUACCAAAGCUCAACUCAGUGUCCUCCUCCCCGUGCGUCUGGAGCUAUGCAUAGUGCUUUUCUGCAUCCCUUUCCUUAUUUGUAGUUUCUGUUACAUAAACUUCAUCAGGAUCCUCUCCAAGCUGCACCACAUUGACCGGCGCCGGCGCCUCCGAGCCAUUGGCAUGGCUCUAGGAACACUGUUGGUGUUUGCUUUAUGCUUUGGGCCCUACAAUGUUUCACACGUUGUAGGUAUUAUAACCCAGAAAAGUCCUGUCUGGAGAGACAAAGCCCUCCUUUGCAGUACCUUUAAUGCGUGCCUAGAUCCUCUUAUUUUCUACUUUUCUUCCUCUGCUGUGAGAGGAACGGUAGGCAGUGUCAUGAAAGGGGUUAAAAGUCGCUUCAACAGGUGCAUGUCCUGUCACAUGCUUCAGCACUCGAGGGGGAGAAUUAACAAGACUGCAAAAGAUAAGGAGCACAAACAAGAGGAGAUCAAUACUAUCUGAGCUAACUGGAAGGGAACUGUGAGCAGCUGCCUCUACUAAUUUCUUCAUCCAUGCAAGCAGGAAAUUAAUGCCUUGUUUAUGUUUUUACACGUGAGAAAAUGACUUGGCUGUAUACACUGCUGAAUGUUUUUGUUUGACUCUCUGAUGAACUUCUAAUUAGAGACAGCCUACUGUUUGCCUGAGCAAGCUUCACCAAUUUUAAUGCAGAGUUCUGUGUAAAGCUGCAGAGACAGGCCACUUUGAACUGUCACAUAAAAUAAAAAGGUAUUUCGUGCAUGAAAAGUACCAGGGUUUCAUAAGAGCUGCAGAAACAUUUUGUGGAAACAUGAUGGCAAGAAAAUGAAGUUCAAGCAACAUCAUCCGAUGUCAUCUCCUCACAGCAGUAGAUUAAGUUUUUCUAACAGCUUUAAUGUAAUUUCACACAGGAUGUGUUGUUUGCAAGGCUGAGAUGAUUGUGUGUCAGGAAGUGGUGGUGAAAGAAAUAGAUUUCAGGGUGUUUUAAAUAACAAAAAAUGUAGAAUUAAAAGUUGCAUUUGUUUUUUUAUUAUUAUUUUUUUUUAUCACAUCUUUCUCUAUAUUUUUCUAUUUUGUCAUUUUGAAUAUAUGUACAGAUUUAGAAUGUAGAAUAUAUGUUUAUUUAGAAACCCUAGGCAGCAUGACAUUUUUAGGGAAGGUAUGAAAUCAUCAAUAAAAUAUAUAUAUCACCGAGAAAGACUGAUAUUUAGACAAAAUGUGGAAUUACAUGUAACUGUGUCAGUAGCCUAACCCUAAUCCAGCACAAUAUGGUCCAUUCUCUGUUGUGGAACAGCAAAUGGGAUAACUAAGAUCCCAGCAACACUGAUAAGAGUACACUAUACUCUGCUGGUUUGCCUUUUGACAUUAUAUAGAAGGGAAUGUAUGAAAUGUCACAAUCAGGGCUAGAAUUAGACUAUAGAUACAGUUAAGCAUUCAGUUGUGAAGGUUUGGUUUUGGUUAUGAAGUAAUGUCAGUUAAUAUUUGAAUUCUGAAUGAGACAGAUUGUAAUUUUUAUAAUGUAUAAAAGAAACAUUUUCUUAUACAAAUCAUGUAAACAGAAAUUUUUACAUUAUUUAUGAUCCAGGUUAUUUUGUAAAGGUAUCAGUGAGGUACAAUUCCUGUGUGUUCAUGUCUGUGUGAGCCUUCAUGACGUAAGUGGAAGAAAGGAAAGUCACUACACAAACAUAUUUUCAUAAAUGAAUAAUCUGAUAACACAUUUAUGUAUUUAUUACCUCCACCAAGGCAGAGGUUAUGUUUUCGGCGGCAUAAGUUUGCCUGUCAGUUAGCAACAUAACUCAAGAAGUAAUGGACGGAUUUUGAUGAAAUCUUCAGGAAAUCUCUGAAAUGGACUA